UGGAGGCAGAUUCAAAUCGACCGCUCUGGGGUGUGGGGAGGUAAGUGGCACGUCAGUCUGAGGUGAGCGGCCCUGAGAUCGCGGUAGCCCGGGCUGAGGGAAGUGCGACUGGCCGCGAAGAUGGCGGUCUCCACCACAGUCUCGAGGCGGAUAAAGCGCAAGGCGCCCCGCGCCUUCCUCAAGAGCACCUUCAAGCAGAAUAAGCCGCGCCUCCGUCUGGAGACGAGCUGCGACCUCCUGAUCCAUUUGAAUUGCCUACUCUUUGUUCAUCGAUUGGCGGAAGAGUCCAGGACAAAUGCUUGUGAAAGUAAAUGUGGAGUUAUCAAAAAGGAUCAUGUAUUGGCCGCAGCAAAGGUAAUUCUGAAGAAGAGCAAAGGUUAGGUGUCAACAUGUGCUUAGGCAUUGUGAUAUGUUAAUUUAAGUUAUAACAUCAUAAAAACACUUUGUAUGUAUCAGUUUAUAUUGUGGUUUUUUAAAACAUUGUAUGUACUUUUAGUUCUUUUAAGGAAUUAUACUUUUUUCACUAAUGGC